GGCUAGCAAGUCCAGCACUCUCAUACAUGCAUGCCUGGGAACCUGCAGCCACCGAUCUGCUGAAAGGAAGACGAAAUAAAAAAGGGGAAAACUUCUGUAAAGACGUUUCCAUGGGCCGCCACCCUGAGAAGGGCAGAAAGUGGAUUUGAUUUGGUUGGUGUAGGAUUUUGUGGAAUACGCGUUUCAUGAGCAGAGUGAUUUACCAUGGAUUCCUUUAAAGGAGCUAUGAAUUUGGAAAGAUUGCCUGAGAGUUUAAGACCCCAGCCUUCCCACGACAUGGCCACUAGUUUCCAUUUGCAGCGAUCAUCUGAAGCCAGGGAUCCCAUGGACAAUUCAGCCAGUGAGUCUUCUGAUACUGAAAUCGCAGAGAAAGAACGAAGUGGGGAGCCAAAGGGAGAGGACGGCAAUGGGGAUGAUCCCACAAAGAAAAAGAAGCAGAGGAGACAAAGGACUCACUUUACCAGCCAGCAGCUGCAGGAGCUGGAGGCCACUUUCCAGAGGAACCGCUACCCAGACAUGAGCAUGAGAGAGGAGAUCGCUGUAUGGACCAAUCUGACUGAGGCCAGGGUCAGGGUCUGGUUCAAGAACCGCAGAGCCAAGUGGAGGAAGAGGGAGCGGAACCAGCAGAUGGACCUGUGCAAGAAUGGCUACGUGCCCCAGUUCAGCGGCCUGAUGCAGCCCUACGAUGAGAUGUACGCUGGCUACCCGUACAACAACUGGGCCACCAAAAGCCUCACCCCUGCCCCCCUGUCCACCAAGAGCUUCACCUUCUUCAACUCCAUGAGUCCGCUGUCCUCCCAGUCCAUGUUCUCUGGCCCCAGCUCCAUCUCUUCCAUGAGCAUGCCCUCCAGCAUGGGCCACUCGGCGGUGCCCGGCAUGCCCAACUCUAGUCUUAACAACAUCAACAACCUUAAUAACAUCAGCAGCUCCUCCCUCAACUCCGCCAUGUCUUCUACUGCUUGUCCCUAUGGCCCCCCCGGCUCCCCAUACACGGUAUACAGGGACACUUGUAACUCGAGUUUGGCCAGCCUGAGACUGAAAUCCAAGCAGCACUCCACCUUUGGCUACAGUAGCCUGCAGAGCCCGGCCUCCAGCCUCAAUGCCUGCCAGUAUAACAGUUGAUAGACUCCCCAGCUGUGUGCCAACCCUGUGGACUCUCACAAUGGACCAGACAAUACUUUUUGUGCAAGACACCGAAUCUAAGAACACAUGGAUGAGUUGCAAUUUUUCUCUGGAUUAUGCGGGUUGUAUGUGUUUACUUGAACUUGCACAGAAGUUCUCUGUAGCCACUCUCCCAGGGAGAGACUGGAGACAACACACAUUUAUAUGGAACACGUUGGUGGCAGUAGUGGCCCCUCUGGUGGCGGUACCCACGGAGAUUGCGCAUCGCCUACCACUGACACCACAGGAAUCUGCAGCCUUGGAAUCUAUAGGGAGAGGAAAAACAAUGAAUAAAGGGGUUUGAACAGAAAAAAAACACACAAGGGUUAACCACUUAAAAAGGUUAUAUGUAUAUAUAAAUAUAUAAGCCGCUACAUUGUGUCUGAUGCUUGUGCGGCGGUUCAAUUUGGUUUCACAACAAAUGCAUGAUUCUCAGUGUUUGUUCAGCUACAAGGAAGAUCCGAUUGUUUCCAAAUACAACGUUCUUCGUUCUAGAAUCCCCUACAGAUCCACUCUGGAACCAUUCGAUCCAUCUCCACGGCUCUUCUACGGUUAUUUCAUACCCCCCCCCCCCCCUCCAAAUGAUCCUGGCAAUUGUAUGUAUGCUAUGCUUAUAGAUCAAUCGAUCGUCAUUAUUUAUCUGCAAUUUAUAGCUCCCUAUAUGUAUCCUAAAUAUGCUAUGUACAAAUAAUAAAUCAUUCAAACCUUCUUGUGACUCCUGACAGUGCAUCAAUAAACCACCUGGAACCCGUAAGAAUAACUCGAGUUGUUUUCCAAUUUCUAGAAAACGUUUGAAUGGGAAAACAUAUUUUCAAAGAAAUAAUCUAAAGUUUAGAUUAUUUAAGGAUGGUUUAAAAAAAAAACAAACUAAAUAAAUUAUUUUUUAAUAUUAAAACGCAUACAAAACGCAUAUGAAGUUUAAUUGCAGGCGUAUUUGUGACUUGUCAGUACGAAGGGAUCUAUAUUAAGUGCACAAACUUUUACCCCCAUCUUUCCCCUCUGUGUAUUGUACACCUGUGGUAAAGGUUAUGUGGAUGUGUGGAUGUUAAAUAAUGCUCUUGUGGAUAAGAAUGCAGUGUAUUGUUUUUUUUAUAAGUUAUGUUUUUUGUUUUGUGAUUUUUUUUUCAAAAAUUAAGAGCAUGGGAAUAAAACGAAUCUAAGAAAUAAAAA